AUGCGUCAGGAUACGUCGGUGCCCAUGGCAUCAGUGGCAGUUGUGGCCCCCUUCGAUACGAUCAUAGAGGCCGGCGUUGAUGCUGUCGUGUCAGGACAGCGUCAGAGAUUGGAGGACUGGGUGGCGAAGAAGGCAGAGCCAUCCAUCACCCGGCCUGAGAACGCCACACAUCAGGAUACGUUGGUGCCCAUAGUAUCAGUGGCGGUUGUGGCCCCCUUCGAUACGAUCAUAGAGGCCGGCGUUGAUGCUGUCGUGUCAGGACAGCGUCAGAGAUUGGAGGACUGGGUGAAGGUUGCCGUGGGAAGAGAUAGGCCUUACUAUCAGUAG